AUGGAUAAACGAGCUGCGGGGGAAGAUGCAUUCAAGAAAGCGCAGCGCUUGUGGCUAGCCAGCUCUAUCCUUCAACAAAGCCUUCGUGCUGGAUCUCCAUCGGCUAGGAGUUGGGAGGAACAACUGAAGCCCUUGGAUAGAGAAGUGUCCGAUGUAGCCAAUGCUGCCGGUACGGACGAUGCCUUCAUCCUGGCCGUAUUGAGUUCGAUCCCGAAGGAAGCCUUGAGUCGAGGAGUGUUCCCGGAAGAGGCCCUCAAAGAUCGCUUCGUGCAAGUGGCCGAUUCCGCCCGGAAGGUGGCCUUCAUCGACGAGAAGGGCGGCUCCUUGCUACGUUACGGCUUUGCAUACAUCAUGAACAUGCUAGUGCUCAGGAAGCAUGAGAUCGUUCCCAAUGAGGAACUUAAGGAAAGACCCGUCGACGUGGAAUCCCUCUCGCCAUUUGAAGUCAUCGAUCGAGCCAGGGCCUGCAUGGAUAAGGGAGAUCUUCUACAGGCCGUCCAGUAUUUAAAUCUCCUUAAUGGAGCAGCUGGAGAAGUGGCCAAGGACUGGCUGAAAGAGACCAUCUUGACAUUGGAGACAAAACAAGCCGCAGAUGCGAUGCUAGGUUAUGCCACUGCUUUGGGAACUCAUGGACACCCUGGUUGAGGAAUAAGGGAUGGAUCCAAAUUCCCCUUCAAAGAAUAUUUAGUCCCGUCUCACCUAUGGUGAAUGUGAUACAAAUUGACAAGAGAACUCCAGCUUCCUGGUCUUGUUUUUCGGGCUCCUCUCCGUACGUAGUGAUUCGUGCUGAACUUCAGAAGAAAAAUUGUCUGCUCUGUCACCAGGAGAAAUAAUGUCCGAGUGAACAUAUUCUGAAAUAAAAGUAUUUCGAGUUGUAUUCAUUGCUGACA